AUGGCCCCCUCCUCCGUGACCGUGACGUCGGCCCCGGCCGCGUCCAAGCGGAAGAAGGCCAGCAACGGCGGCGCCAAAGCGGCGGGCGCCGAAGCGGACCCGGUCGAGUCGCAGGCCGAGUACAAGGACUUCUUCUGGACCUACACCGAGGAGCCGCACCGGACGCGGCGCCUGGCCAUCAUCAAGGCGCACCCCGAGGUCACCAAGCUGUGCGGGCCCGAGCCCCUCACCAAGUACGUGGUCGCGGGCGUGGUGGCGCUGCAGGUGUCGCUGGCGCUCUACCUGCGCGACGCCGACUUCUGGUCGCUCAAGUUCUGGGCCGUCGCAUACGUCUUCGGCGCCACCGCCAACCAGAAUCUGUUCCUGGCCAUCCACGAGAUCUCCCACAACCUGGCCUUCCGCUCGCCCAUGGCGAACCGCCUGCUCGCCAUCUUUGCGAACCUGCCCAUCGGCGUCCCCUACAGCGCCUCUUUUAGGCCAUACCACCUGACCCACCACAAGUCCCUCGGCGUCGACGGCCUCGACACGGACCUGCCGACCGCCCUCGAGGCCGUCUUCUUCGACUCCAUCCUCGGCAAGGCCUUCUUCUGCACCUUCCAGAUCUUCUUCUACGCCCUGCGGCCCAUGUUCAUCUUCCGCGUGCCCUUCACGGGCAUCACGCUGCUCAACCUGGCCGUCCAGCUGUCCUUCGACUACUGCCUUGUGCACUUCACGGGCUCGUGGCGGCCGCUCCUCUACCUUCUCCUGUCCUCGCACCUGGCCGGGUCCCUGCACCCGCUGGCCGGCCACUUCAUCGCCGAGCACUACGUGUACGAGACGGUCGCGCCCGAGGCGCGCGACCCGGACCGCGCCAUCCCCGUGCCCGAGACCUUCAGCUACUAUGGGCCCCUCAACUUCCUGACGUACAACGUCGGCCUGCACAACGAGCACCACGACUUCCCCGCUGUGCCCUGGACCCGCCUGCAUAAGCUCAACCGCAUCGCGUCCGAGUUCUACGACGACCUCCCCCGCCACCGGAGCUGGACCUACGCCAUCUGGCGCUUCAUCUGGGACGACUCCAUCGGCAUGCGCUGCCGCGUCAAGCGCAAGGAUGGCGGCCGCCUCGUCGGCGCCGCCGGCCAGAAGGGCAAGGUCGCCGCCGUGGCGGACUGGAAAGAGGAUGAGCUGCAGUCGUGA